CGUCUGCCGAGGAUCAUCUUACAGCUUUCCCACGACGGUCAGAAACAUCCACAUUCCCUCGAGGGCCAACCAGACAACAUUUGAUUAGCUUGUCCCCUUCCUGGGCUUGAGCACAUCACCACUGACAAGCCCACCACAACAUGGGCAGGAUGGCGCCCAUUUGGACACGAACACUCGACGGCAAGGCAAGCAACACUGAUGCGCUCGGGAUCACAUACGUUGUCGUUGCCAUUGUGUACACAAUCGCCUUAGCAUGUGAACUUACACUUCUCUAUCGGCGAAGAGAUGCUUUCUGCAUACAGAUACGGAAUAUCAAGAUCGUCUUUGCCGCGGUGUCGAUGCUCCAUGUCUACCUCACACUCGUCUUGCUGGCGUAUCCGUGGAACGGACUGUAUCCAUGCUCAGCAGAGUUCUGGGUAAUGUCCGUCUUUUUACCAUCAGGCAUGGCUUUCUUUCAAGCUUGCAAUGCUAGGGUCCUCACAGCGUAUGAGAGUCAGCGUCGGAUGACGCGCAACUUUCUCGAGGGUGCUCGUCGGGAGCGGAUUUCAUAUACGCCUGCAGGGCUGCUUAGGGCGUGGAAGAAUCUCGAUGCGGCGUGUAAAGUUUACGUACUCACCGUCUUGGGCUUGAUUAUCUCGUUUGUCCCCACCAUCACCCUCUACUUUGGCUCACGGCGGUUCCAUGCGUCUUAUGGCUUCUUUGGCACAGCAGCUGGGUUUAUGGAGUGCCGCAAAGGAUUCGAAUGGAUCCCGUCCAUCUUCGUACAGCUUUUCUGGACAGCACUCGUUGGGCCCUGGAUUCUUUGGAAGAUUCGCCGCAUUCAAGAUGUCCACUCCUGGGCGUGGCAGACCAGGCUUGCCAUCAUUGCAGGCCUACCUGGAACACCACUGUGGAUUGCGUUCUCAUACUCCAAUGCGCCUCAGGUCGCUAAGAUCAGAGACUACUUUGCGCCAGCUGGAUGGUUUAUCCCAUCUCUUAUCGUGUGCCAGCAGGUCCUCAUCCUCAUACCACUCGCCGAUGCCUUCAAGUCGAGUCCUCGCCAGAGGCCCAUGUCGACAACGACGGAGACUGCUUCGUUAACAUCCACCAUUUCACAAACAUCUCAAAAGUCAGCGCAAGAGUUGUUCCGCGAACUGAAACCCAAAGCCUCAAUGCAGGCCCUGGAGCUUAGCAUUGAGCAGAACAUCGAGCCUCUUAUUGUCUGGGCUGCGACCAAGGAGUUUACAGCCGAGAACGCAAUUUUCCUGCGUGAAGUUCGCAAUUGGCGAAGGAAAUGGUCAUCUCUGAAAGUUGUUUCGACAUCUCAACGUCGCCAAAUGUUCAACGAAGCCUCUCUCAUCUACUUCACCCUCAUCAACCCUUUCACCGCUGAGAUUCCCAUCAACAUCGAAUACAAGAUCUUCAAGGUUCUGCAGAACCUAUUUGCUGGCAUGGAAUACGACCCUUACAUGCCUCGCAGCAAUACUCCAGACGAACAAAGGUCGCCCAUCAUCCGCGAGAACGUCAUUUGCCCGUGGGAAGAAACUCUGAGCCGCCCGGCCAGUAUUCUGUCCAACGUCACUUCGUCAUCCUCGGCCAGCACCGGCAACAUUAUCCCAAGCGAGUUCAACGAAGACAUCUUCGAUGCAGCAUACGAGAGUAUCAAAUAUCUGGUUUUCACAAACACAUGGCCGCGUUUUGUAGACGCCGAAAUGGCCAGCAAGGCGUCAUCACCGUAGAUGCAGGAUAUCGCGAGAGAGACGAGAGACGAGAAUUAGAGUAUCAGUAACAUGAGCCGAUGAGCUGACGAGCCGACGACACAUUCUGGGCAUCUCCAUGCUCGCUCGACGGGCACCGCGCGAUACCCCCGAUGGCCUGUCUGGCACACGUCAUCGGCUAAUACAGCACUACACGGUC